AUGAAGGUCCUGCUCCUGAUGCCUGCGCUGGUAGCCACAGCCUCGAGGAACGUCCUGUGGGUGAUCGAGGGGACCUCCUGCGACCUGCCCUGGCAGGCCGCCCUCUUCAAAGGCGAGAGGUUCAUCUGCGGGGGGACGCUGGUGGACAAGAACUGGGUGCUGACGGCCGCCCACUGCCACGUCUCAGGCUUCAUCAACGUGCGGUUGGGGGGCCGGAGCCACAAGGACUCGGGUAGCACCGAGCAGCGGCGGCGCUCGGCCAAGGUCUUCAGGUACCCGCGCUACAACGAGACCAACAAGGAUGGUGACCUGAUGCUCAUCAAGUUGUUCCUGCCCGUCCACAUCAACAAGGAGGUGAAACCGUUGCCGUUGGCUUCCCACUGCCCCGUGCCCGGCAAGACCUGCCAGAUCUCGGGCUGGGGGUCCACCACCAGCCCUGAAGGUGACCUCGUGCCCUCCAUCAUCCCCACAGUCAACUUCCCCGAGGACCUUCACUGCACCAAGGUGACCAUUGUCUCGGAAGAGCAGUGCCGGCGCAUCUACCCCGACUCCAUCACCUCCAACAUGGUGUGCGCGGGCGAGUCCCGCAGUCGGGCUGACUCCUGCCAGGGUGACUCCGGGGGACCCCUCAUGUGCGAUGGGCGGCUCCAGGGUAUCGUCUCCUGGGGCCCGGGCAUCUGCGGGGACCCCAAGAAACCCGGUGUCUACGUCAACCUCUGCAAAUACACCCGGUGGCUUCAGGACACCAUGAGAAGGAACUGAAUCCCCAGCCUCCCCGAUCCGUCCCCAGCGCCCCCGUGGCCACAGGAUGGACCUCACAGCUCCUCCUCCUCCUCCUCCUCCCUGACGAAGGUCCCCAGAGCCGGCCGGUCCGAGCGCUGGGGCACAUGCCCUGGGGCGGGGCAGGGGGGGGCAGGAGU